AUGGGUGGAGGAGAAGAGUUCUUCGUGUCUUCUUUGUCUUCUUCUUCCUCGAAAAAAGACGGAGACGAUGCGUUUGCGUUUCCAGAGCGAGAUUCGGACGAGGAAAAUUUGGACGAGGAAAAAGAAGAAGGCGAGAAGACGCGCGUGAUGAAGACGAGAGUUUCAAAGGAAGAAGAAGACAAAGAAGAUGAAAAGAGUGAAGAGGACGAUUCAGAGGACGAUUCUUCGGUUUCAGAGGAGGAAUUGGAAGAGUACGAGAAGUUGGACGACACCUUGAACACCGAUUCAAAAGGUGCUGGUGGUCAAAGUGGUGAUUUUGUGAGAUCAUCAUCUUCAUCCGAUGGACCGAACGAAGAACACGACAAAGAGUACUACCCAAACGCCGGUCCGAAAACAAAAGACGAACACGAACGUCAAACAAAACUCCGCUUGAUGAUUAUUCGCCAACGCGAUAAGGAGUUUAAACUUGAUCAAAAGUUUAAAUCGAAAUCCAUCGUCAAAUUGAACAACGAAGCGGUGGAAGCGUUGAAAAAAGGCGACGACAUCGAAGCGAUUGCAAAGUACGCGAAAGUGUUUCGAAAAGCGCACGAGAAUAACUUAACGCACGAGUUAAUGCACGUGUGUCACUCAAAUCGUGCGGUGGCGUAUUUGAACUUGGGUUUGUUCGAAGAGGCGUUGUGGGACGCGAAUAAAUCGCAAGAUUUAGCGAACGAGAGAUACUAUCGAACGCAAUCCGCCGGCGGUCAAGUCUUGAACGUGUUCGUCAAAGGGUACGCGAGAAAAGGGUUCGCGUUGAUGGGUUUGCGCAUGCACCGAUUAGCAAAAUCAGUCUUCGAAACCGGGCUGGAAUUUUCCCCUAAAGACGAGGAGUUGAAAAGAGGUUUGGAAGAAGCCGUCGUCGCCGUCUUGGCGGAUUUGCACAACGGGAAAGGUUUCGUCAAAAAUCGAGAGACGUUCCAGUGCUUACCAGCGCCAGAAAAGAAACAUCAACAAGAACGACUGACGAAUUUACCGUACGCGAGUCCGUUACACAGAGUGCAUCCGAAAGAUAUGCUCCCGACGCAGCUUUUAACGCCGUUCCAAGCGGAAAAUGAUUACCAUUUGAAAGAUACGUAUAAUUACAUGACGGUUCAAGCCGAUAUCGCGAUACCGAAGAGACAUUUCAAAUACUUGGAAGAUACGGUGAGACGCAAAAAAUAUACUAAAGCCAUCGAGAUUGCGAUCAAAAAACUCCAAAAGGAAAAUAAAGACGUUCGAGCGUUACAUCUCGGAUGUGGUGCCGGGUUGAUGACCAUGCACUUACUCGACAAAGGCGCGCACCACGUCACCGCGUGCGAGAGAUGGUUGUACCAAGCCAUGGCGUGUAAAGAAAACUUGUUGAACAACGGAUUCUGCGACGAUCAAGUGAAAGUGAUUUAUAAAAGGCCCACGGAUUUAUCUUUACUCGCGGACGUUCCGGUGUAUUGCAACUUGUUUUUGAACGAUAUCAUCGACGACGGAUUACUCUCCUCCGGUUUAAUCCCGUCCACGAAGCACUGUUUGCAAAAUUUACUCUUGCCGGACUGUAUCGUCUUACCGUCGUCCGCGACCGUGUUCGCGCAAGCGAUUGAGAUUAAAUCGAGAAAUAUUUGCGGGUUAGACGUUUCCGCGAUGGAUUUAUACCGUUCGCACCCGACGUACUCCGCCGGUGUCCCGAUUGAUCCGGACUCUUACAGAGCGCUUUCGAAACCGAAGGAAAUUUGGCACUUUGAUCUCGGAAAUCCGCCCGAGGCGAGCGAUCAAAAGUUUGUCGAUUUCGAGUUUACGAAAGACGGGACGUUUAACGCCGUUUUGUUCUGGUACGAACUACACUUGAUCGAGGACGUGAAAAUAUCGACCAGAGGCGUUACGAAUGAGGAGGAGUUUGGCGACGCCGAUGAUGAUGAUGAUGAGAACAUCGUCGUAUCGAGUUUAACGCCUUCACUUUUCUACCUCGACGGCGAGAUCAAAUCGUACGCGAACCACGUCGUUCCGAUCAAAUGUUCGCACAACACGGUCGCCAUGCAAUUUACCGUCGAAGACGCGGAUUACAUGCACAUGAUGAAGAAAGAUGCGAGUUUUCCAAAGUAUCAGUUUUCGAUUUUAGCGGACGAAAGGCGAGCCAAGGCGUACGACGCGGCGAUUCAACGACAGAUAAAAUUCUUAAAAAAUCGCGAAGGAUACGCGAACGUUCUCGAUAUCGGUUCCGGAUCUGGUUUAUUAACGAUGAUGGCUGCUCGUGCAAACGCGGACACGGUGAUCUCCUGCGAAAUGCUUCCAUCCCUCGCCACGUGCACUCGCCGAAACGUGGCCCAAAACAACCUCUCGCGAAACGUCAACGUGAUUUGCAAAGACGCCGCUUUACUCGAACGCGGCAUUCACGGUCCACACGAAGGGUGCAACAUGAUCGUCGUCGACUUGUUCGAUUGCGGCUUAACCGGCGAACACGUGUUGUACAUGAUCGAAGAAGCGCGACGUAAAGUCGCGAACGUCGGAUCCGUCGUCGUGCCUGCCGCGGCGACGAUAUACGCCAUGGGCGUCGAGGUAUACACGACUGAAAUCGACGGGUUCGACAUGUCCGCGCAAAACAAAUACCGCUGGGAUUCGAAAUACGAACCGGUUGAAAUGGAAAACGUGAAACACCGAAGAUUGACGAAACCGAAAAAAGUGUUCGAAUUCUUCUUCGAUAACUCGAUGAAACAGAAAGGUCGCGAAACCGUGAUCAAGUUAGAAACCGUCGCCAGCGGCUACUUGAACGCCGUCGUCUUUUGGUUCGAUUUGCACAUGGACGAAGAAGAAACGAUCACGACUGCACCAAAAGGAAUUGGAAAAGGUGGAAGAGUCCAAGACGAGGCAAAGUUAAUGCGAGAUUUAGACGGGAAGAAGACGAAGAAAGUGAUGGAGGAGAGUUUACGAAGAGUACGCGAGAAGCUCGCGAGAAAUCCAAGGGCGAAGGAGUACGAAGGAGUUUCUUCUUCAAUCGCCGACGCCGACGCCGACGUCGAUGGAGCUCAUAAUAAAGUAAAGGAGAAAAACACAGAAGAAAUUGGUGGUGCACUCGCGACACAAACAUCCUACACCACCGACGACGACAGCGACAGCGACGACGACGACGACGGAGGAAAUAACCACUACUGGGGCCAAGCGAUGCAAUACCUCGAACGCGCCGUACAAAUAAAAGGCGGUAAAAAAAUAGCCGUUUUGGCGAAACGAGAAGCCGAUGUGAUACGUUUCUCUUUAAAAGAAGGCGUCGGCUCGUGGGUCGGAAAACCACCGUGGAAAAUCGAAUGGGGCGGCGGCGCCUCGGUCGAAUCCCCACACUUCCAAAGAGUGCAUUACUGUCAACUCCUCGUGAACGACUUUUUAAUGCGCUUGCGUUCGAAGCGGUUCGCGCCGAUUGAGAAAGACAUGCGGAUGAUUUUAGCGCACUGCGGGAGUUUGUUUUUGGACCCAGAAGCGUUGACGGACGUGUAUCACAGACUCGUCGCGUUGGAGUUGUUGCACGGCGCGCCGGAGUUUUCACCCGGAGCGAGCAUGGAGGCGUUGACGAAGCCGACGUUUCGUUUGCACUAA